AUGAGAUUGAGGAUGUUUUUCAUGUUUCUUCCCAUAUACCUACACCUUUUCAAACCAGUAUCACCAACUGUCACUUCUUGUGGCCUUGGAAUGUGUUUGUGUGAUGAUAAAACGAACUCAUCUUUAUGCAAACCACCAAAAAAGAAGCAACCAUUGCGUUUCUUCCCUAAACUUCCAGACUACAUAUCAGAUGUAUCUUUCAGGUAUUUUACACGUCACAGAUUAUCAACAGACGAUCUUGAAAAUCUGACAAGUCUCCCUUUACAAGCAUUACGGCUUCAACAUUUGAAUUUAGAAAAGAUGGAGUCAGGACUUUUCCGGAAUUUCAAGUCUCUGGCUACAAUAGAAAUAGCUCACAAUAAAAAACUUUCACCUCGAGUUCUACGAGAUUCGUUCAAAAAUAUGACAUCAUCAUUACAGAUUCUCCUUCUGACCUCUAAUAAUUGGAAGAAAAUCGAACCUGACUUAUUUAGAUAUGUUUCACACACAAGCCUGAGAACAUUAGUUUUAGCCCGAAAUCAGCUGUUGAACUUCACCUCUGCAGUAAUUCGAGGCCUUAAUUUGACGACUUUAGAUUUAUCAUUUUCCAGCUUCAAAGACUUGAGAAUUUUUUGCCAGAAUGAAACAAAUGGGUUCCCAAAUUUAAAACGCCUACAGCUGCAGUCAACAAAACUGAGGAAUAUUCCAAAUUUCACGUUUGACUGUCUACCGGACCUUCAAAUAUUUAAUGUACAAAACAAUAAACUUGACAAAUUUCCGACGUUUUGCUUAGACACUCAAAAUGUUACCAACAGACUGGAGGAAUUAUAUCUUGAAAACACUGGUAUUAUAGGAAAUAUACAGGAAGAACUUUUCCAAUGCCUAAAAAAUCUUAAAAAGUUGUACAUAAGCAGGAAUAAAAUUACUAAUAUUCCGAAUUUUUGCAAUCCAGAUGGAGAAAGCAACGUUCCAGGUCUUGAAGAUUUUCGACUUCAAUUUUCGUUUUUAUCAAGACUACGCAAUAACUCUUUUAAGUGUCUUCCAGCUCUUCGCAUCCUAGAUCUUAGGAAUAAUAUUAUGAGAGAUAUUCCAAACUUUUGUGGAGUAAAACACCACAGUUUUACCCCAAAUUUAGCGAAUCUCUAUCUCUCUAAUACAAGCAUAAUAACACUAAGGGGCUAUCGAUUUCAAUGUUUACCACGUCUGAAAAAAUUAGACCUCCGUUUCAACUACUUUACAGAAAUGCCAUUGUUUUGCAAUGAAUCAAGGCAAAGUCUACAUCCAAAUUUGAGGGAGUUGGACCUGUCAAAUACAAAAUUGAAAUACCUAUUUAAACACAGCUUUGCUUGUCUCCAAACUCUUCAAAUCUUGGAUCUUAGUAAUACUGAAAUAUAUCAACUUUCGGAUAACAUAUUUAGUCCACUUAAAUCUCUAAAGUGGUUUCAAAUAGGAUACGCAAAAAGUCUGAAAAGAAUUUCCAAGUAUGCAUUUAACAUAUCCAGCCUUCUUACUAUGAAGUUUAUCUAUAAUGAUUUUGAUUUCGAGGGUAACAAAAAAUACUCUCCGACGGAUAUGUUCAAAUGGUGCCCAAAUGUGACGACACUAUAUCUUACUGGAAACCAUUUUCCAACAGGGCCACUAGGAAACACGUUACUUAAGCCUUUACAUAAAUUAGUAACUUUGUCCCUGGAAGAGAAUAGAAUGGACACCAUUCAUGAAGACACCUUCAAAUCUAUGAAAUCCUUGAAAAGAAUUUCCUUAAAGCAAAACAAACUCAUUGGAUGGAAAGACACCGUUUUUGAAAACCUCACAAACUUAAUUCGGUUAAAUCUUGAAUUGAACAGGAUUGCUGUAUUUAACAAAACAUCAGUACCUCCAUACAUUAUGAAUAAUCUAGAGGCUUUUAGUCUUGCAUUCAAUCCUUUUGACUGUGGUUGUGACAUGAUUUGGUUUAGGGAUUGGUUACGGAAUACAAAUGUAACCCUUCUGAAUUUCCCACAGAGAUACACAUGUCAAACACCCGGUAACAUGCUUCGUAAGUCAAUAUUAUCACUUACUCUUACAGAAGAAGAUUGCAAAGAGAAAAAGCCAUGGCUUAUUCCACUGAUAUCAAUGUCAGUUUUUGCUUUUGUUUUAGUGUCGAGUUCCAUUAUUAUUGCCGUGCAGUUGCCAAGUAUAAAAAAUCUAGUUUAUUAUUAUCGUUUAAAACGAAUGGGUUACGUCAAGCUUCUGAAUGAACAGGAAUUCAAGUAUGAUGCUUUUGUCGUAUACUGUGAAGCUGAUGAAAGCUGGGUUUUCCAAAAACUGGUUCCAAAACUAGAAUCUGAGGAGAUUAGAUUGUGCAUCCCUGAUAGAGAAUUCGAAGUUGGGGCUGAUAGGUGCGGCCAAAUAGAGGAUGCGUUUAAAAAUAGUAGGAAAGUACUGGUAGUUUUGUCAAAUGAGUUUGCUAAGAAUGAGUGGUGUCUUUGGCAGGUUAAUCUUGUGGAGGAAAGGCUGAGGCAAAAAGGCGAGACUUCAGUCGUGUUUUUGCUUUAUAAAAGCAUUAAUAGCAACAAUAUGAUUUCAUCUCUUCAUCGAACACUUAAAAAGCGAUCAGUUGUUACCUGGUACGAAGGUGGUGCCCGUGAAACAGUAUUUUGGAAGGUUGUAGUCCUAGCGUUGGAGUCACCACUGGGGGAACCACCAGUAUCAGUUGUUAAUGGGUAAAACAAACCAAAAAUGCAAUCUGCAACCUUCCUAAAACAUAUAAUGAGAAACAUUAAACUUGUUCAU